ACUCUUACCAAUGAACUAUCCACUAACCUAGUGACACAUCAUCACUUGCACCACAAAAAGAGUACACCGCACUCAAGAUAGAACUACCUCUGAAAUCACCAGAACUAUUACCUCUCAUUCCCAAGAUAGAAAAAUGGGCAAUGGGUAUAUGCCUUUAUGUUGUCUGAAUCCUUUGCAGAUUUAUCAAAUCUACCUGUAAUAAAAAUCCAAUCUUGCAAUCCAUGUAAGUCCCCCGCACGCCUCUUUCAACUCUUUGUUGGGAAACUCCUCGUUCUUUAACUGCUUCUCGGCUCUUCAAUCUAGUCUAAUUCUUGUAGAUCUAAAGCUAAUAAGCAACUGAAUCAUUUCAGGUGAACUUUCCUGAUCUGUUUGUAGUCUUUAUCUGUGUUUCUGUUUCUUUUUCUUGGCUGCGUUCGUUGUUCAAAUUCAAAGACUGCUUUUUUAUACCCUUUCUCUGUUGAAUCAGUUUAAUUCCAUAACCGAGGUUUGAAUUGAAUACCCAUUUCUUAGAUUGGUCAAAUUUUACUGAUAUACUAAGUUGUGAUCAAUCCUAGACUGAUCUGGGUUCGUGGGAGUUGUUCUCGUUAAUUUACAAUUAGGGUUAGGUCGUGAAUUUAAAUUUACAGUGGAUUUGGGUUCGGUAGAUUUUGUUUAUUUGAGCUACUACCGUUCCAAUUUUCAAACACUUGGUGUUGGGUUACAGUGGAUUUGGGUUCGGUAGAUUUUGUUUAUUUGAGCUACUACUGUUCCAAUUUUCAAACACUUGGUGUUGGGUUGUAUACUGCUAAUGGAUUACGGCCGGGACACCGGAUUUUCUGGUGGAAAUGUUGUGCAAAUACUUACUGGACCCCAUGGCAAUGGCGUCGGUGAUAAUUGGGGGUCAGGGUCCAUAGACCAAGCAGUUUGGGCAACGGAAGAUGAUUAUGGGGCUUGGACUAGAGAAACCUCUGUUGACACUACUUCGAAUUCGGAUUACCAAACCCGGUCCGGAAGUGAACCCCCGAAUAAGAAAUCAAGAAACUCCCAAUCGGGUGAUAAUAGAUCGAAGGCAAUAGGGAAAAUGUUUUUCAAGACGAAACUAUGCUGCAAAUUCCGGGCGGGUACUUGCCCAUAUGUAACUAACUGCAAUUUUGCACAUAGUAUUGAGGAACUCCGGAGGCCACCUCCCAACUGGCAAGAGAUUGUGGCAGCCCACGAGGAGGAGAGAGGUGUGUCAUCUGAGCCAAGGGAGGAGUUCCAGAUUCCAUCACUUGGGUCAGCUAAUUUUGUAGGGGAGUCUCAGAGGUCCUAUAAAGGGAGGCAUUGCAAGAAGUUUUUUACUGAGGAGGGAUGCCCUUAUGGAGACAAUUGCACUUUUCUUCAUGAUGAGCAGUCAAAAGACCGAGAGAGUGUUGCAAUAAGUUUGGGUCCUGGGAGUGGUGGUGGAGGAUAUGGGGACAAUGCAAAUGGAGGAUCGAGCUUGAAGCCUUCAAAUUGGAAAACAAGGAUUUGUAACAAGUGGGAGCUGACAGGGUACUGCCCUUUCGGAAGCAAGUGCCACUUUGCUCAUGGGGCUCAAGAAUUGCAUCGCUAUGGUGGAGGACUUAUGGAGACAGAAGGUAGAGAUCCUUCCUCUGCUCCUCCAGAGAUAAAGCAGGGACUCAUCCCUUCCAAAACUCCGGCUGAUACUGUCGUUGUGUCUCUCAGUUCCGUUCCUCAUUCGGAUGGUUAUCACGUUGGAGUUCCACCUCAGAGGUUGUCCAAUGUAAUCCAGAGGACAGGGCAGAGACCCCACCAGAAAUGGAAGGGUCCCGACAAAAUCAGUCGAAUAUAUGGUGACUGGAUUGAUGACAUUGAGUAAAACCUGAAAUCCUUGGCCGGCAAAUAUUGGAGAAUGAAGAUUAUGGGAGUGGACUCAUAUUUCUGUAAAAGAAAUGUCGCUGGAAAGCCGAUCUCUACCAAAUGUAGUACUUAUCUUGGUCUUCCUUUUAGAUCAAGAGAAGGUUUAUUUUGUUGUAGUCUUGAAAAGAGUUUCAGCAACCCUCUGCUUGUUGUAGAGUCUCUAGCGAAUGUACGAAUUUGCAAGCUUCUUGCCUUUUGAGGUUUGGAGGAAGUCUGUACCCUUUCCACAAGUUAUGAAAUCUAUCUUUUGUUAUCAGGUAUAAAAAAAAAGUAGAUGAACUUUCUUAUCAAAAA